UUAGAUCAGCGCCAUCUGGCCUAACGUGGACGAACAGCGGCAGUGCUCGAAGCACAGUGUUGUGAAAUAAUUCCCGAAUACUUCGUAAUUAUAUAUGGUUACAAAUGUUCAGGCGAAAAUUGCAUGCCCUUGACUGUCAAAAUGCUGAAAAAUUCAACGUAAAUGAUGAAAAUGAGUUCCGUAACAUGAUCUUGUGGCUGGAGGACCAGAAAGUCCGUCACCACAAGAUUGAAGACCGAGGUGCUCUGAGGAAUAUACACAGUCCAGAUUGGGAAAAAGCAUUUGAAAUUUAUCUGAAAGAACUGAACUGCCCAUACAAAUGUGGAGAGAAGUGUGCGGUCAUGGAUUGGCUCCUUGGUUUUGCUGUAAGACUGGAGUAUGGGGAUGAUGGUGAAAAAUACAGAAAUGUGACCCCAGAGAGCGUCCAGAUGAGCCGGACUGGUGUGGCAGGAUCGUCCAGCAAUCCCCUGGACAGUCUCAACUUUGACGAUCCAGACUUUAAGGCAGGAGUUGCCUCCCUUGCUCUGAUGAUGCAGGUGCCCCCACACCGUGACCAUUUGGAACAGCUGAAGGCAAUCUGUAUACUUGUGAAGGAGAGAUUGUCUAAGACCAGUGUAGAGUCCUUGACAAGCGCUAAUAAUAGCAAGAAUGAAUUGAUUCCCUUGGAUAAAACUGAGCUUGGAUUCGAGGCAGGAGACUACAUCAUGACGGAAGCGGCCAAGAUUCUGCGACUUAUGCACAUCAAGGACUUGCGUGACUUACAGACUCAGAUUAACUCGGCCAUUGUUGCUGUUCAAGCUAUCACAGCAAAUCCUAAAACAGACAGUCGGUUAGGAAAAGUGGGACGCUAACAACUAUAGGCUUACUCUAUGCACAAGUUUGAAUCCUCACGGACAUGGACGCUAAUUCAACAGUUGGCUGCUGACCUUUACAUCUCACUGGAAGAUGUGGAUGCUUUGACUUCUUGAUUCUCUCUUGUUUCUCUAAGGAAAUAGUAAGAUCACGGUUUCUGUGGUUAUUUCUUAAAUAUAAGCAGUUAGCAGAGUACGGUAUUAAAUGUAUUGAAAAUCUUUAGGCCUAAUUAACAUUGAGUUACCAGCAAGUAGGGAAAGAUGUUUAUGUGUACAAUUAUAAAAUAUCUUGUCACAUGGGAAUGAAAAUUGUGUCAAUCAGAUGAUGAUAUUUGAGUCAACACCUGUUAUCUUGGAAAGGGUUAAUAAACAUACAGCUCUGAUAACAAUUCUUGAAGGUGGAGGGGGAGGGGGUGGGGCAAUGACCUGCCGUGAAUGAAUUCCUUCAGACUAGUCGGGUGAUCAUUUAUUGGUUAAGUAUGAAGUGAUACGAUUAGGCACUAAUAUAAAAGUGAAAACCGUUUUCUUACUAUUUCUCUCACUAAUUAUUGUGUUCAUUGUUAAACACCUGGGUUUGAUGUCCCACAUGGGUAGUUUGUGAACCCCUUGCCAUCAACCUGAAAGUGACACAGACACUGUAAUGCUGAAUCAGCUAAAAACUUCACUCCAUUCUUUAUGUGAUAAGUUCCAUAUUUGAAAUCCGUAUUGUAGUUUUAUAGAAUCUGAACAAAUGGAAUAGGUUGUACCGUGAAAGGGAAAUUAUGAUACCUCAGAUGAAUUGAUCACUAUUUAUUUAAGAAAUGCAUGAAGUUUUAGACCAUUUGAUAAUUCACACAGUAUCCGUAAUUCAAGUUUUGAACAUUUCAGAUAGGUGAGUGAAAGGAUAUGACAGGAUGUAUUGCUGAUAUAUUCCUGAUAUCAACUGUGAGAAAAAGCACAUAAGGCCUAAACAAACUGUCCCCUUUCUCUAUGAUUUUUAUCUCAUACUUACAUUACACAAAGUGGCUUACAAACUGUUUGGAGGACAAAAACACUGUCUUGACUAAAAGCUUGGGGAAUCACUUAACAUUUAGAGAAAUGUAUCUCACCAACAUAACAUCAGUUGAGAUUUGAAGUGUUACAUUUGUCUUGGCCUGAAGGUUGAUGCAGUGUUCAUGCUUCUCUGUCAGUCUGUCAUCGUCUUGUCUGUUGUAGCAGUUGUCCAGUAUGUAAGAUAUGUACAUACAGUAUACGAAUAUCAGUGGAAACUUGAUGGCAUUAAAGUGCUAUGUAUUUCUUA